CUGAAGUCCUGUGACUCCUGACAAUGCAUCGAUGUCAGUUUUUUCAAGUAGCCUACGAGGGGCUUUGUCUUGAAACACCACUGCUGAAUGCUGACAAUUACUUUAGAUCAAUGAAGGACUGAAGCAUGCUAGUGGCUUUUUCUGGAUCAUGGUUCAAGCUCGGUUUUGGAUACACUGCCAAACUAGAGGUCCAACUGCCAACACGGCCGUAAGAGCGGAUAUCAUGCGCGGUCUCAUUAGAGGAGAGGUCCUCAUUACCAGCGCGCGGAGACCAUGAAGACCGGAGCAAAACCCAGCACCGUUACGAAGCAUCCUGCUCCGGUUUGACCACAACCCCCCCGUGCCAUGAAGACCCAGACGCCGACGCCAGCGCAGACGCCCGUCCCCGCGGCCCAGACGCCCGUCACGCCCGUCACGCCCUCGCGCCAGCGGCUGCCUCGCUUCCGCCUCCGCUCGCGCAAGAAGAAGGAGGGCGUGAUCCAGGGCAAGCUGCGCAUCAAGUCCCUGCCGGGCGCCUUCCUGGUCCUGGGCGCGGUGGUGGUGGUGGUGGGCACCGCGCUGGCCGUGGCCGGGUACUGGCCCUACCGGACGCAGCGCUCAGGGAGCGGAGCACUGCCCGGAGGAGAGGGGUCGGCCCAGGGACUGCCCAGCGGCUGGGGGAUGGGCACCAAGGGUCUGCUGUCCACGGCGGGGCUGAUCCACAGCGAGCGCAUGAAGCUGCUGGGCCCCGUCAUCAUGGGCGUGGGGCUGUUCAUCCUGAUCUGCGCCAACACCGUGCUGUACGAGAACCGCGACCGCGAGACGCAGAUGCUCCUGGCCCAGAUGCGCAGCGUCAUCUGCUCCGUGUCGGCCGCCGUGCCCUCGGCCGACCUCGCCGAGCUGGCCGUCAGCUCGCUGAGCGCGCGCCACUACCAGUGGGUCAGCAGCCUGCCCGCCGCCCACCUCAACAUCCUCUGCCUGCAGGAGCUGACCAGCUCCGAGCCCCUCUUGCACGUCAAGACCGGCAUGGAGAGCGACGGCGACUCCUCCAACGCCAACGGCGGCACCCACCCUCAACACCACCACCGGCGGCCGUCGGAGAGCAGCGCCAAGCGCCAGAGGUCCACGCUGAAGACGGAGGUGCUGCACCAUCAGGAGUCGGCCUCCACCCCCUCCAUCCCCACGCUGUCCUCCAACUCCUGCAACUCCAGCAAGGCGGACGUGGACGAGGUGCGUGCGGACGCUCACCCGUGCCAGGCUUCGUCGGGCGAAUUCCAGCGUCAUCGCGCGGACACGCCGCCUCACAAGCUCAGCAACUGCCUGACGGCCUCGUCCAUGUCCACGCUGGGCGGGGAGGACUGGGAGGUGACCGCUGCGUGCGUGCCCCCGAGGCGCUCACAGAGCCUGAGCUGCAGGACUAACCCCCGCCGGACGCGCCACGAGGUCACCGUCCGGAUGGACGCCACCGCUGACCACGACGACGACGACGGCGACGGCUCGCCCAGACGCGUCCUGAGGGAGACGGGCUCGGAGGUCCGCGUGAACAUGGCGGCGGGGACGGAGGACGACGAGGCCUUCCAGCUCGCCUCCAUCGAGGAGCAGCGGCACCGGAGCUGGCCCCGACUGGACCUUGGUGCUGCCCGCCGCUACCUGAAGCUGGAGAACAAGGAGGACUCUGUGGACAAGCUGCUGGACCAGCUGGAGCUCCAGUGCUCGCAGUGGGACAAGAGCUUCGGCUCCGGACCCUUCCAGUGAGCUCAGCCGUCCGGCCGCGAAUGACCUCUCUUGGGGCCGUCAGCUUUGGAUCGCCAUGGCAGUGUGAAGGGAUAUGUCCUUCUCCCAUGGAAGCAGCGGAUAUGGGUAGCAGCUUUUUGAGUCCAGAUCUCUGUUGUCGUCUUCCAAAAACAAAAGAAUGGCUUAAAAGGACUUGCUCUCAUCCCCUCAAAUGAAUCACGGCGUCAUCACGGACUAAGUUAUUAUUCCGAGGUGCACAGUUCCGUGGAGAGACCAUUCCAGAAGGCUUCUAACAUUUUCCAAAAGGCAGGGCUGCGAUUUUCAGUGGCACGGAUAUGUAAACAGGGCUUUGGGCUGGUGGCUUGGUUGGAUUAAUCUGAGGGAAUGCAGAGCCCAAGACGUGGAAGAUGAGAGGAGCGAUUUGCCCGUUUGUGUACAACAGAGCGGAUUUUUUCGUUCGCCGCCGUGCGGGGGUGGACAAGAGACGGAGACGGCGGCGAUCGUUGCCAAAGUGUGACUGAGUUCUUGGUCGGCAUACGCGCACGACGUCACACGCAUGUUGCAGGAUAGCACAUGGCGAAUGGAUUAACGAUUGGACGACUUGUCACUGUGCAAUCGAUACAAACAAUAAACCCAAGUAAGCCCAAAGGUGCUGAUAGAUUUUUUUCUUUUUUAAUUAUUAUUUCAGUGUUGUUGUUUUUGAUAACACAAAGUUCAUAAGAGGAGACGCGUCUGGAUGAUUAAAGCAAAACACAUCAGAAGAUUAUGCAGAGCUCCAUAUCAACACUAAAUCCACAAAGCAGAUUCCUAUUCCCACUGUGUUUCCUACUAGCGGAGAAUACAUGCGUUUCAAAUAUCCCCGUCUUGGUAAUGAAGGGGUGGAGAGUCUCUUCCAGUCCUUCUCUCUGCCCCAGGUUGUCUGUCUGUGCUGUGCAGAGAAUCUCUCGUGUGUAUGUGUGUGUUUGUGUGUGUGUGUGUGUGUGUGUGAGUGUGAGUGUGUGUGUUGAUGGAGUGGGGUGCAGGCUGUGGAACUGUGUGUGUUGGUUUUGAUAACGGCAGUGGUCAGUGUUAUUGCAUGCAGUGAGGCAGGUGUGUGGUGAGGAUGUGUCCAGGGCCCAGCCUCGCCCCGCUCUGCCGUCUAAUGUGGAAAGAUGGCUCCGUCCGUACGCACACCGUGUUUACAAAACAAGACAGUCUAUCUCUCCUCUCCAUCUCUUUCUCUCUUUCCCCCUUUUUUCUCUCCCUCCCUCUCUCUAUAUCUGUCUCUCUCUCUUUCCACAGUUUUGUCUGUCCUCUCCAUCCUUCUUUUCUAUCUCUCUCCGCAUCUCUCCUCUCUCCAUCUGUUCCCUGAUCUGUCUCUUUCUUCCCCUCCUUCUGGCUCCUUUCUCUUUCUCUCUAUCCUUUGUCUCUCUGUCUCCCCAUCUCUCUCAUCUCUCUUUUCUAUCUGUAUUGGUCUUCGCUCUGCCUGUGUCUUAUUCUCUCUCCCCUCUCUCUCUCCUUUGUCUCUCUCUUUUCUAUCUUUAUCGGUCUUCUCACUGUCUGUUUCUUGUGUUCUCUCCCUUCUCUCUCCCUCUCUCCUUUGUCUCUUUCUCUCUUUUCUAUCUACAUCGGUCUUCUCUCUGUCUGUUUCUUGCACUCUCUCCCUUCUGUCUCUCUCUCUUUUGUCUCUUUCUCUCCUUUCUAUCUUUAUCAGUCUUUUCUCUGUCUGUUUCUUGUUCUCUCUCUCCCUCCUCUCCCUCUCUGUGUCUCUGCCUCUUUCUCUAUUUGGUUUGUGAUGCCUGUCCUGUACGCCAUGUGUGUGACGAUCUGUGUUUCUAAAUGUAUGCUAAGCAAUAUCUGCAGUCAGAAGAACAAUCAAAUCAGUGACUUUACUCGAAGCCCUUUACCUUCACGGAGUGCAAUUUCCUCCCCUAUGCCUGUGUCACAAAUAAAGAGGCGAAGCAAAGAAUACAACAGUGUACAAAAGCAAAUCUCCUGGUGUGCAGUUUCAUUCUUCCUCUGUGAGAAUGCCAUUUGUGUGUGUUCUCAACCCUUCAUCACAUGAGGCACUUGGAAUCAGUUACAUCACUUUCA